AUGUCAUUUGGAAGAUCGAAAACUUUGCUGCACUUUGAUUACUCUUUAAAUGGCUUGAUCCUGUGUAGAGUGACAGUGAUUAAGGACUUGGGUUUGUAUAUGACACCAUCCUUGGAUCCAGGCGUACAUAUCACUAAGAUUUGUGCUAAAGCAAACUCUCUAUUAGGGUUCAUUGCUCGCGCAUCACGGAAUGCCCUAUCUCCUGCAACAUUGAAGACCCUCUAUGUGACUUUAGUUCGUCCCAUCGUUGAAUAUGGAUCUACUGUGUGGGCCCCACACCAGAUUGGGCAUUGUGACCACUUAAAUAAAGUUCAGAGACGUUUCCUGCGUUUGGUGGGUGUUAGAAGUGGCAUCCGUUAUCCUGAUGUGGAUAUACAAGAAAUUGCAAACCAGCACCAUAUCCUUCCACUGUCAUCUAGACGACUGGCCCUUGACCUUAUAUUCCUAUUCAAGAUUGUCAAUGGUUAUAUCAAUUGCCCUGAACAUCUACGUUGCAUAGACCUUCACGUACCUGCUGGAACCCGCCUUCUACAACCUUUCUCCAGGCACUCACAUCAGACUGUCUACGCCUACCACAGUGUAAUUCCACGUCUGCUGCGCUCUGGAAACUCUGCCCAACAGUUGGAUUUCUUUGGUGAAUCCCUUCAAAAGUUUCGAAGGCAAGUCUUCUCUUGGGUGGCUGAGCAUGGAGGACAUUAA